AUGCAUGGGGGCCAGCGUAAGAAGGACACCCGCCUUCGCGCCACGCCUCGUGUCUUUCAUGGGCUUCAGGCCGAGUGCGACGGCUCCCAUGAGCACUUGCCUUAUGGUUAUCGUUGGAGUGCUGGUGCCUGGACCUUUGACACGGCUGCUGAAGCUCAAUACCCUCGCUUGCUCUGCCAGCGUCUCGUGAAAGCUGCUUCUGAGGCAGUGUCUCCUGCCUUGCUUCGCGACACUACGGCGCGCUUCCGGCUGGACUCCCUGGCGGCGACUGUGAUGCACUUCGUGCCCCGGGUCGCCUUUACUUCGAUGGCCGUCUUUGCUGACUUCUAUGGGCCUGAGCAUGUUGACAAACACAAUGACCAUUCCUACCUCAACGUGAUCAUUCCUCUGUCGUCCUUUCGACAGGGUGGUGUGGCUGUGGGUGGUCAAGUCCUGCCUGUAGCCAGCGGCCCAUGCCUCUUGCAGUCUGCGCUUCCCCACCGUGUCCUGCCAGCGGUGGGUCAACGAGUGACCUUGGUCGGCCGACAGAUCUAUGCGAACUCUCACAACCCAGAUGGUCAGGCUUGGGGAGUUUAUUAUUCGGGCGAGGAGCACGUGCAAGAGGCCCUCAAGUUGACUCACCCAGCUGAUUCAGCUGGGUCGGUUCCCGACAACAUUAGGAGGGCGGUGUUUGACAUUGCUACCUUGGGGCCUAGUGCUGUUGCAGAGCUGCGCCGGAAGGCAGUUGAGGACAUCGAGGCCCGUGCAGCGAGGUUGGGUCCCAGUGGAGGGCAUCCCAUCACGAAGGACAAGUGUCUGGCUUUGUUCAGGGAGCUUGUGAAUGAGACGGAGUUCCCCGAUCAGGACGUGUGCCAAUUUAUGGAGGAAGGCGUUUCGCUGGUCGGAGUGGAGCCCUCUUCAGCCUUGUUCCCCUCGC